CGCUCGGCAACCGCCAAACUGGCAAAGGAGCCCUUGUCUCUUCUCUCCGCUGAGUGGCAGUAGGAGUUCAGCCCAAUGCCCAGUGUGCACAGACUUCGCGGCCCAGAGGGCAGAGCCCUUCCUUGAUAGAGGGAAGCCUCAGAGGCUGCAACUAGAAUUGCGUAUCUUUUUCACUCCGGAUUCUAACGAGUCUGAAGUGAAGAUAUUUUGCUCUAAAAACAUACUGGGCAUCCUUGGCUUCUCCUGUGUCAUUGCUGUGGUAGCACUGCUCGCUCUGGGGCUGACCCAGAACAAACCACUGCCAGAAAAUGUUAAGUUUGGGAUUGUGCUGGAUGCGGGCUCUUCUCACACGAAUUUGUACAUCUACAAGUGGCCAGCAGAAAAGGAGAAUGACACAGGGGUGGUGACUCAGAUAGAAGAGUGCAAGGUAAAAGGUCCUGGAAUCUCAGAAUUUGCUCAGAAAUUAAGUGAAAUAGACAUUUAUCUGACUGCGUGCAUGGAAAGAGCCAGGAAAGUGAUUCCAGCAUCCCAGCACACAGAGACACCUGUUUACUUGGGAGCCACGGCAGGCAUGCGGUUGCUCAGGAUGGAAAAUGAACGGUUGGCAGACAAGAUCCUGGCUGCGGUGGCAAAGAGCAUCAGCAGCUACCCCUUUGACUUCCAGGGUGCCAGAAUCAUCACUGGCCAAGAGGAAGGUGCCUAUGGCUGGAUUACUAUCAACUAUCUGCUGGGCAGAUUCACUCAGAAAUUGAGUUGGUUUAACCUGAAACCAAGUGAAGGCGAUACUCAGGAAACCUAUGGAGCUUUAGACCUUGGGGGAGCCUCUACACAAAUCACUUUUGUGCCUCGAAACGAAACGACUGAGUCUUCUAACAACACUCUGCACUUUCGCCUCUAUGGCAAGAACUAUGGUGUAUACACGCACAGCUUCUUGUGCUAUGGGAAGGAUCAAGCCCUCUUGCAGAAACUGUCCAAGGACCUUCAGGAUACAAAUGGAACCAUCCGUGACCCAUGCUUUCACUCUGGAUACCGGAGGAAAAUGAACAUGAGUGACCUUUAUGAGGCUCCCUGCACCAGGAGAUUUGAGGCAACUUUUCCAUUUCUUCCAUUCCCUGAAGUUGAAAUCCGUGGCACUGGAAACUAUCAACAAUGCCGGCGAAGCAUCCUUCAACUCUUUAACACCACUUACUGCCCUUACUCCAGCUGUUCCUUCAAUGGGAUUUUCUUGCCACCCCUCCAAGGGAAUUUUGGGGCAUUUUCAGCUUUUUACUAUGUGAUGGAGUUUUUGAACCUUACAUCAGAGGAACAGUCAACUCAUAAAAAGAUGAUUAGCACGUUGGAAAAGUUCUGCUCUCGGCCUUGGGAAGAGCUGCAGAUGUACUUUGGUGAAGUGAAGGAGAAGUACCUGAGUGAAUACUGCUUUUCUGGCACCUACAUCCUCGCUCUUCUUCUGAAUGGCUAUCAUUUUACAGCUGAGUCCUGGAAGGAUAUUCACUUCAUGGGCAAGGUCCGGAGCACCAGCGUCGGGUGGACUUUGGGCUACAUGCUGAACCUGACCAACAUGAUCCCAUCUGAAGAGCCAUUGUCCACACCUCUCUCCCACUCCACAUAUGUCUUCCUCAUGGUCCUCUUCUCCCUGAUCCUGGUCAUAGUGGUCGUAAUAGGCAUAUUUAUCUUUCACAAGCCUUCGUAUUUCUGGAAAGACAUGGUAUAGCAGGAACAGCUGAAAUCUGCUGGCUGGAGUGAGAAGAAAACUUGCCCAGGGAGCACUUUCCUCCACAGUGGUGUACAAGGCCAGUGUUGACCAGCAUGAAGCUUCCUUGGCUUUUGCUGAAGCCUUUCCAUGGGAGGUAUUUACCACCCACUGCCUCAAGAACUUCCUGGCAGACAUUGUCUCUUUUGUGAGUCUCUCCAAACUCCCCCCCUUUCUCUUUUGUACUCUGUGCUUGUGUAGCUCUUGAAGACCUGCCUCCUUUCAUGAUAGUUGCUUUAUAAAAGAACAAUAUUGACUUUAUCCAGAAGAACUGAGAGUCCUGAGUCCUGUGCUGGGAAGUUGCCCUGGCUAAAAGAAGAAUCUUGGGAACUGAUUCAGUUGUGGUCUUACAGACCCUUUCUCUCUCCUGUUUCCCAUUUAUUAAGAAAGCCAUCCAAUGCCUUUGGAGAAGACAGACACAUAUCCCAUGCCCAGCCUGCCCUUUGCAUGGGAGAAUUUUCUAGUCUAGGCAAGUAUGUGCUACGGCGAAAGAGUCCUACAAAGGAAUUUAUGGGAUGUGCAGUUAAUCCAAUAGUUAAUCCAAGACAAAAGAGGGAUGUGGGUAAGUCACAUAUUCCUGGGUGAUGCCAAAAUGCCAGAGUGGGACACCCAGACCAGAGAUUAUUUAAAAAGCUGCUGUACAUAUACAUAGGCAUUCAAAUAUCAGGGCAUAUUAUCUGGUAGGUGUACACACGUCUGGAAGAAAAAUACAGUUACAACACAAGGUCAGGAAAGUGCAUCCUCCAACACAUCUAUUGGGGUUUUGUUUUUAUUGCAGUAAAACGCAUAUAACCUAAAAUUCACCAUUAUGACAUAUACUAUUUAGUGGCAUUUAGUACAUUCGCAAUGUUGUGCAACUGUCACCAAUAUCUAAUUCCAGAAUAUUUUCAUCACUAAGAAAUUAUUGGCUGGGGAUAAGACCAUCCUGUGGUAGGCUUGAACCAUCAACCAUUUCCAUUUAGCCAAGCAUGCUAACCGGUUGCACCACAAAGAUGCUCACUGAGUUUUAAAGCCAUGCCAUAUCUUACUGUCCCAGGGUUUAAUUUAGUGAAAGAGUUGCAUUAGUGAAGAGUGGCAUGCCUUUUUUGUUGUCAUGGUAUUUACACAACAAAAUGUGCAAGGAACCACAUCUGCAAGUUUUGCUGCCGGUUCUAGGUACUUUUGCUUUAAGCAUCUUUGCCAUAGACAUUUUUGCCACAAACAUUUCACUGCAAAUAAUUGGCUCUAAAGCAAUUUUGCCAUAAAAGAUAAAAUAAUGGAAAAUCAAAGAGGGAUAAUUAAAAGGACAUAAUGAAACGAAUAACAAAAUUCAAGACUUAUUGUGAAAUAUAAAAUAUUUGAGUACAUUUAAAGUGUGUGUUGAUUCAUGGCAAUACUGUGCACAUAACUGAUUUUAUUUUGUGGGUUGUAUCUAAGCACUUGUCUUCCAAGUCUUUCAUUCAUAGCAUUUUAUACUUUUCUUUUUUGCUCAUUGAUUUGUCUCCUCGUUCUGCAUCGUACUUUUUCUUUUUUGCUAAAAUUUCUUCCUUCGUAAAGAGCGAUGUAAGUUUCCAAAUACUUAGAGGCAUCUUUGUAACUGAGCUUUGUGUUGUGUUUUGAAAGCUUCUACACGGUUGUUGUUUGUUCUUGGCAUAUUGUCACGUGUCCAUUGACAGAUGGUUCCAAAGUUGUGUGGGAAAUGUGGGUUCACCUCUGCACCUUCCAGGACCUUGGUCUCUUUCUCCUCCACUGUAGUGUGUUUCAAAAUAAGAAACCAACUUUUGGGGCAAAUCACUGUCAUAUGCCAGCUCGAUAAAGCCAUCAAUAAUGUCGCCAACUGGAAGAAAUGCUAACAUAUUUCAACCAGUUGAAACCAAACUGUCAAACCAAAAACUGUCAACCAGUUAUUUUAUCUUUCACAGGGAAUUUGCCUUACAGCCAAUUAGUUAUUCGACGAAAAUGUUUGUUGCAGAAGUGCUUGUGGCAGAGAUGUCAAUGGCAAAGAUGCUUAUGGUGAAGGUACCUAGAACCCAUUUCAAGAUGUAAUUAAUAUAUGUUACUAAUGAUAUAUUUUUUAAUAUUAAGUCUUUGAAAUCUGUUGUGUAUAUUACACUUACAGUACAUCCUAACCAGGACUCCAUUUCAAGUACUCAAUAGCCACGUGUGGCUAGUGGCUACCAUAUUGAAUAGCACACGUCUAAAAGUACAUUCACAGCUAAAAAGACACAGGCAAUAACACUUUGUCUUUCUCUUGAGGGGGGGAAUUUUCUUUAAACAGCUAUAGAUGCUAUAACAUUCUUGCUAUUAUUUAUUAUAUAUGAAGUUUAACAUUAUUCUUAACAAGCUUUUAACAUCUCAGCUCAGAAUUUCACAUUACUCCUCAGGUUUUGUUGCCUUUUUUGUGAAGACACAGAUGCCUAUUAUUCAGGCCAAGAUGCCUGAUGAAAGACCUUUGGGAAAUUUAAUCUGGAUUCAAAGAUAAUACAAGAUAAUUGGAUGCUUAUAUUCUAUGGUCAAAAUGUAAACUUGAAUAUUAAAAUAAAGAUUAGUCUUUUAAUAGCUCACAGAGCAAAGUUUACCAUAUAAUAGUAACGUUACUAUUAAAACAUAUUCUCAUUUAUUGUCAGUUUGAAAGAUGAGCUGAAUUUCACUGAAAUUGGUCUCAUUCCUCUCUGAUUCAGAGUCUAAUAGUUGCUAUCUUGUUAGAACAAGUUGCUCAUAGUUAGCCUAUGCUAGCCAGGUAUUUCUUUCAGUUUGUGCUAGUUUUAUAAUUUUUUAAAAUUUCUUAUAACAACCUCAAAAUUUCAGUGGCUUACCACAAUAAACAUUGAUUUUUCAUGUUCAUGGGUCUGCAAGUCAGCUAGUAUAUCUACUUGCGGUGCUAGGUCUGGUUCAGGCCUGCUCCAUAUAUCUCCCACUCUCCUUGUCUGGUGGCUUCCUGAGCCAUGUUCCCAUGAUGAGUGGUAUGGGCACAAGAAAGGGAGAGAAAAUACAGGAUGCCUCUUCAGGCCUUGGCCAGGACAGGCCCCUGUCACUUCCAUCCACAUUCUACUGACCAAAAUAAGUCAUAUGACUAAGCCCAACAUUAGGGAGCUGGAGAAACACUGGGAGGAAUGGCGGAGUCAUGUGGCAAAGGACAUGAAUAACUAAUUCUAACACAGAAAAUUCGUGAAACAUUGGGCACAACGAUUCAAUCUACCACAGCGUCUCAUUAACUGAAACAUAAAGUACGUUUUCUUCAAAUUAAAAUCUACUUAUCUUGCCAAAGAAUGUUCUUAAAAAAUGUCAUUUCUUCUGUGACAUCAUCAAUUACAACUUUUUUUCACAGCCUUAAUCAGGGUGCUCUGGCAGCUCCUAAAUUAGUCUCACGUUCUAAAAUGAUAGAUUUCCUAAGAGACCAUCUAUUUAUUUUCCUUAUAUGUUUAGGACAGUGUAUAGUUAACUACCCAAGUUUUUAUUUGCACAAGAACCUAAUACAACUGAACAUAAUUGGUUUUAUCACAGGUAUAAUGGAUUUUUUAAUAAAAGGGAAAGGAAUGUCUCCAAAAGCCUUCUCUUUCAAAAGUGGCAUUUAAGGACUGUGCAUGUGGUAAAAGCAUUGUUGUACUUUUUGCAUUUCUCUAGUUUAAGUAAUUUAAUUUCUAAAUUUAAAUCGAUGAUAUAAUGAUGGCACCACUGUCAUCAGCAUCUGAGUUGACUUUUUAUUUUUAUAUCCCUUUUGCAUGAUGAAUAGCAGAGAACAUGGAUUAGUCAAUGAGAAGUGAGAUACAGUCACCUAAGAAACAACAUCAUUUCUUAUAAUGAAGUUCUAAGAAGAGAGGGGAGGAAAGUCAUGUGAGCCAGAUAGGGAACAGUAUGUAUUUAGGAUGACUUAAACUGAACUCUACCCUUCCUCCUAAACCUGCUCCUCCUCCUGCAUUUUAUCAUGAUUAAUGCCACCACUGCCUCUAGUAACCAAGAUCAGAAUCAACUUUAUCAAUGUUGAAGUGACAGGGGCCUGUCCUGGCCAAGACCUGCCCAUUCUGCCUUUGCAGCAUUUUUCAUUUUGAUUCCCCUUUACAAUCUUCUUGUUAUCACCCCAGUAGAGACCUGAUAUCAGGAACAGUAAGCUUGUCUCCAAACUAUUACUUCCAGAUUAAUCUUUAUAAAAAGUGGGCUUAAUCACAUUGCUCCUCAACUAAAACUGUUGGUGACUUUCUAUUGCCUAUGAAAUAAGGUCAUACUCUCCAACAGACAUUCAGGCCCUUUGAUCCAUGCCUAUAAGCUCUCCCAGGCUUACAUCCCACUUUACCCUCUGAUGUUCCUUACACUCUAGCCAAGGUAGACUGAUUCUUUACCCAGAGCUGUUCAGGUUAUUUGCUCAACUUGGAGCACCUUUGCCCCACUCUGCGUUUAAGGCUCAGCUCAAAUGACCCUUCUUCAGUGAAGUCUUCUCCAAAUCUCUAAGUCAGAAUAAACUGCUUCUUCCCCGUGCUAUCACAGCCCUUUACCUGGGCCUCCAUUAGAGCAUUCAGACCAUUCUAUUCAGUAUUUGGGUUAAGCUUCUUGGGGACAAGAUAUGUGACCUAUCUCUUUUUGAAAAGUUGGGCUCAGGGGUAUUUUAGCAGGAACUAAGGUAACAGUCCUAGUUAAUCGCUCUUUCCAUUGCCAGAUGGGCUGGUCCAUACCACUGUUUCUGCAUCAGUAUCCUUAUUUAUGUUAUCUCUUGACAUGACCAUCCUCUUCCUCCAGCUUGUAAGGACCAGCUCAACUCCUGACUCCCCAGUGAAGCCCUCUUUGAUUUUACCCACAUUGAACUUUCCCUUCUGGACCAUGCAUUUAGUUUCAACAGAGCUCACUGCAUGGGAAUUGAUUGUACAUAUUAUGAAAGUAGAAUUUUAAGGAUUAGAAUGUACCUUAAAAGGUGAUGUUUAUCAAAAGUUAAUGUGUAUAUGACUUACCCAGGGGUCUUGUUGAAGUAAAAAUUACUUAAUUUUAAUUAAUAAAAAAUGAUUCAGUAGGUCUGGGGUGAGGCUGAGGUGUUCUACAUUUCUAACAAGCUGCCAGGUAAUGCCACUACAACUGUAUGGGGACCAAACUUUGGGUAUCAAAGAUCUAGAUUACUUUCCCAUUCCAUGGAGUUCCUUCUAAUGGCUCUCAGAUAAGUGGCCAUCUACUGCCUGACUGCCAUGCUUCAUUUGGCAGCCUGUUCCACAGUGGGCCAGCUCGACUGCCACUUACAAAGCUUACUCCCUCUGCUACACAACAACCCCCAAGUGUUUCUUCCUUUGUCAGUUUUCUGUGCCUCAGGAGUUUUCUGUUUGUGCUGCGCUCUGCCUUUGGGGAGCCACUGCCUGGCACUCAAGUGAAGAACUGGUGUGCCUCAGAGGGAUUUCUCCCAGCUCUUCACCCUGCCCCUAGCCUUCAGUUACUGCCUGUGUGCUCUUGGUAGAACCCUGUGGGAAAGAGCUGGAAGGCGAUCCAUAAUGCACGCCUACAUGCAACCUUUAAAGGUUCUUUAAAAUUUCUGCUGGUUUCUUAUUAUUUUUGUCUCUGAUAGCUUUUUCCUUUGCUGUCACUCUACCAAGGAUGAAAGAGUUCUGAUGGGUUUUAAAUACUGUGAUUUUGUAGUCUAGCCAGCUGGGUAGAAGCUACAAUCUCUUGCCAUAUGCACACAAGAAUUAUUUGUAAAAUGAAAAAAAAUGAAUCAUAAGGAAAUUAUUUUUUACAAAGUUUACAACCAGAAAUGCAAUUCAUUAGCAUAUGUAACUAAAAGUACAGCCUCAAUAAAUUAGAUUUCUGAUUUUGAAAAAGCAACAAUUAUAUAUGCUCCACACUGUUAGUUUCCUUAUAUUUAUAAAUACUCUUAAAUAUGUUAAAAAAUGUAGAUGGCUCAUUUUGUAAUAACACAAGUUGCCUUUUGACAUACAACUUAAAUUUUCUAUUAUGAAAUGAUUUUUGGCCAAGUAACAAUGAAAAAGGGGCAAAGAUAGGUAAAUGGUGGGCUGUUUGUAAAGUGAACGACUCAAUACCAAUUGAACUUUUCUCUGAUGGUAAAUCAUAACGCUCUCUCUAAAGCUCAUCAGUAUACAGGCAUACAUAUUUAUAAUCAGUAGCUUAAAAAUAUGACUUUCUGUGCUAUUCUGUACCUCUUGGAUUUUUACCUUACAUUAGUCAACCGAACCACCUUUUAGGAAUACGCAUGAAGAUGGAAGUCCCUGUGAAGAAUAUGGUGUGAAUCUGCUCUGUCUCCUGCAGUUAAAUCCAUUUGAAGGAUAUAUUCUUCGAUUAUCAUCUGGACAGAGAGGUCUAAAUAG